AUGCUUUUCGAGAUGGAUGAUCACUCGUCGCCUGUGAUUCUUCUAGCUGCCCUAGCCGGGAUCGAGAUUGCGAGCGCCGAUCUAGGGUUCGGAACCCAUUACUGGAACGUCGACCCCGUCUCCGGCGAGAAACUCAUCAAGCUGUUCUACGCCGUCCAGCAGAUCUACAUCCUCAUCCAGGUCUUUGCGAAGAUCUCGAUCCUUCUCUUCUUCUCGCGCAUCUUCCCGGCGAAAUGGUUCCAACUCACGGUCCGGUACUUUAUCAUGUUUCUGCUACUGCACGGCCUGAUCUUUUUGCUCACUAUCGUCUUUCAAUGCACGCCAAUUUCUUCCAUAUGGGACAGAAGCAACUCGAACCGUAAAUGCUUGGAUGUCACAGCCAUUGGGUACGCGGGGGCGGUAUUCAGCAUCGUUGAGGAUCUCGUAAUUUUGGUUCUACCGAUACCCGAGCUGUACAAGCUUCAGCUCAAUAUCCGCAAGAAAAUUGCGUUAGGCUUAAUGUUCAGUCUGGGCUCUUUUGCAUGCAUCACGACCAUGGUUAGACUCAAAUAUCUCGUCAUGUUUUCCAGCACAUUUGAUACCACUUGGGACAAUGUCGACAUCGUCAUUUGGUCCAUCAUUGAAGAAUUCUGCGCCAUUCUUUGCGCGAGUCUCCCGGCACUCCGGCCGUUGUUACAGAAGGUGCCGCGACUCUUCACCACGAACAGGGCUACUACGAAGACCAUCAGCACUUCGCCCUCAAAGCGAUCCAUCUUGCACCACAACAAAGACAAGUUCCACGAAAUUCCCGAAACACCGAUGGGGCCGGAGCUUCCGUCAACGCCCAUUGCCAUCGAAGACGAAAUGGCCGCACAGGCCGACGGGAAGCGCCCAUUCCUAAUAACGAGGGGGAACGAAGUGGACGUACGGGCUGACGUGGAACUACAAAACGUAAAAUGUGUGAAGAAAAAGUGGCAGAAGAACGUGAAUGGCAGGAUAUAA